ACUCCUGGGUCCCCUUCCGCCCCCCAUGUCCAGUCUCUCGAAGGGCCCUUCGCCUCUGGGCCCAGGUCCUCGGCCCACAGCUCUCGCCUCCGAAUUUGCUGCUGGAGUCGCUCCGGACAACGAAGCGUUAACGCCCCUCCCUGUCCCGAGCCGGGCUCGGCGCCGCGAAUCCGGAGUCACACCGGGCUCGGGCCCGAGCUGCGGAGGGGAAAUGACACGGCGCGCCGCUUCCUGGGGUGAGGGAGCCGCGGCCCCAGCGCUCGCUGCCUCCCCGGCGCUCACUCGGCGAGUCGGGGAGCCAGGGGCGCAUGGCCCGCGGCGCGAUGGACCGGUGCUCAAACCACAGCCCCGCGGAUGAGACCAUCUCAGCCUUGCACCCUGACCGGCUGGCGAGCCUGGAACUCCGACUGCAGAGCCAGGAGGAGGAGCUGACGCUGGUGAAAUCGGCCCUAGCUGACGCGCUGCGGAGACUCAACCUCUACGACCGGCAGAUCCCACUCCUCACGCAGCAGCUGCUGACAGCAAAUGAUGCCAUCCCAGACGCCCAGCAGUUCCUGGACUCUUCACCUGGCCAUGGGGUAUCCUGGGUCCAACUCACCACCAGCUACAGCCCAGUGCCUGCAUCAGGAGUCGUGCGCCAUGAAGAGCUGGGCGCAGGGAACCCACGGGGCGCCCCCAUCAGCACUGGGACCCAAACGGACGAGUCAGACCUACUGGGCAUGAAGUGGGGCUGGAGCCACAGCCAUGAGACCCCUCCAGGGACCGGGGUUGAGGCAAAAGAGCCAAAUGCUCUGGGGAUGCCUCUCAGUCUUCCAGGCCUGGCCCAGUCCCCAGUGGCCCAGCCAAUCCCAGCCCCUGACAAGCUGGGAACAGGCUCCCCGCAGGACUCCUCCAAGUCUCCCCAUGACUGUGAAGAAACUGCCCCACUUCUGGGCAGUGCAGAUGGCAGCCAGCCCCUUGAGAGUCCGUCCCACAGGGAGGAGAUGCUGUCCCCAGAGCCUCCAUCCGAGGGGAGCAGCAGCAGCAGUGCCACAGUUUCUCCAGUGCCAGCGGUCCAUGCCCUGAAAGGCACCAGGAAAGAGCUCCUGCGCAGGAACAGUUCCUCGGACAAGGCCGAUAAGGCGAAGGCCCGGCAGCACCUCAGCAAGAAGGCAGCGUCCUCUGCCAACCUGCUCUCACGUUCCAGCAGCCUUGAGAACCGGAUGAAGGACCCUAACCUGAGCCCAGGACCUUUGGGGUCUCGGCGUGGGAACUACAACCUUGAGGGCCUCUCAAUCAAGAUGUUCCUGCGAGGCCGGCCCAUCACCAUGUACAUACCAUCGGGCAUCUCCCACUACGAGGAGCUGCGUUCAGAGCUGCCUGCUGAGCACCUGCAGCUUGACUGGGUCUAUGGGUACCGUGGCCGGGACAGCCGCUCCAAUCUUUACGUGCUGGCCUCCGGGGAGCUGGUUUACUUCAUUGCAUGUGUGGUGGUGCUGUACCACAUCCAGCACCGCAACCAGCGCCACUACCUGCGCCACACUGACUGUGUGCGAUGCCUGGCCGUGCAUCCUGACAGAGUGCGUGUGGCCACAGGGCAGACUGCUGGCGUGGACAAGGAUGGCAAGCCCCUGCAGCCCUUUGUGCACAUCUGGGACUCCUCCACGCUGCUCACCCUACAGCAGAUCGGCCUGGGGAGCUUCGAGCGGGGGGUUGGCUCCCUUGCCUUCUCCACGGCUGAUCAGGGGGCCUAUCUGUGUGUGGUGGAUGACUCUAAUGAGCACAUGCUGUCGGUGUGGGACUGCGCCCGUGGCACCAAGCAGGCCGAGAUUAAGAGCACCAAUGAGUCCGUGUUCACAGUGGAGUUCAACCCCCUGGACAGCAGCAACUUCAUCACCAGUGGGAAAUCCCACGUUUACUUCUGGACCUGGAGCGGCAGCACUCUGAGCAAGAAGCAGGGCAUCUUUGGGAAGUACAAGAAGCCCAAGUUUAUCCAGUGUUUUGUGUUUGAUGCCAACGGGGAUGUGCUGACUGGGGACUCGGAGGGGAACAUCUUGACCUGGGCACGCACGGCUGCUGACAUCCGCACGCUGGGCAAGGGCGCCAAAGAGACAUACCAGAUCGGGCGUCAGACCCGGGCACACGAAGGCAGCAUCUUCUCACUCUUCCUGCGGCACGAUGGCUCAGUGCUUAGUGGUGGGGGGAAGGACCGGCGCCUCGUGCACUGGAGCCCCAGCCUUGCACUGCUUCAGGAGGUGGAAAUCCCGGAGCAGUUUGGGGCUGUGCGCACCAUCGCUGAGGGCCCCGGGGACGAGCUGCUGGUUGGGACUACGCGCAACGCGCUGCUCAGGGGCAGCCUGGGCACUGGCUUCACCCCCAUUGUCCAGGGUCAUACGGACGAGCUGUGGGGCUUGGCCACCCACCCCUCACGGAGCCUUUUCCUCACCUGCGGGCAUGACAGGCAGGUCUGCAUGUGGGACAGCGGGGAGCAUACAGCGGCCUGGAGCCUCACCCUGGAGGAGACUGGGCUCUGUGCUGAUUUCCACCCCAGUGGCAGGGUGGUGGCCGUGGGACUCAACACUGGACGGUGGAUGGUGCUGGACACAGAGACACGGCAGGUGCUGUCAUGGGGCUCGGAUGGGAACGAGCAGCUCUCGGUGGUGCGGUAUUCGCCAGAUGGUGAGUUCCUGGCCAUUGGCUCCCAUGACAACUUCAUCUACAUCUACAGCGUGGGGGAGGGGGAGCGCAAGUACAGCCGCUUCGGUCGCUGCACGGGACACUCCAGCUUCAUCACCCACCUGGACUGGUCCAAGGACAGCAAGUUCAUCAUGUCCAACUCAGGAGACUACGAGAUCCUCUACUGGGAUGUGGCUGGCGGCUGCAAGCUGCUGAGGAAUCGCUUUGAGAGCCGUGACCGGGAGUGGGCGUCAUACACCUGUGUGCUGGGCUUUCAUGUUUUUGGUGUGUGGCCGGACGGCUCAGAUGGCACAGACAUCAACUCCCUGUGCCGCUCCCACAAUGAGCGUGUUGUCGCUGUGGCAGACGACUUCUGCAAGGUGCAUCUGUUCCAGUACCCCUGCGCCAGGGCCAAGGCGCCCAGCCACAUGUAUGGGGGCCAUGGGAGCCAUGUGACUAACGUGCGCUUUACCAAUGAUGACAGCUAUCUGAUCUCACUGGGGGGCAAGGACACCAGCAUCUUCCAGUGGCGAGUGCUGGGGGGCAGCCUCACCCAUAGCUGCUCGCUCUCUUCUGCUUCCCUAUCUUCCCAGGAGGCAGGAGGCUGUGUCUGAGCCGGAGAUGCUACAGGGACCAAGCCUCAUUGCCUGUAGGCCUGGACAGCCCUGGCACAUGAAUCUCAGUGAGCGAGGCCCAGCCAGAGGGUUCCCUACCCCCUGGCACUAACACAUGCUAAUAAUGCGACCUGAUUCAUUAACACUGGGGAAAAGGCCUAAAUUCUGCUCAGGGCCUGGUACAGGUCAGAGUGGUGAGGCAGGGCCAAGGGCCUGUUGGCAGCUCCCACCACUGGGGCCCAGGGGCUCAUCUGGGAGGGUGUUGGGAUUGGGACUCUUGCUUUGGAGGCAAGGGAUGGGUCUGGCAGGGGAACUCAUGGGUCAGGGAACUGCAGGAUGUGUUAAUGGAGGCAGCAUGGCCUUAGGGUUGGGGCUGUCCAUACCCACCCUUGUUCCCCAUGGUGGAGCAGUAGCCCCAUUCCCAGAAUGUGUAUGUGUGAUGGGACCUGUCCACCUGGGGGCACUCUCCUCUCUAGGGGCCUGAGGGCUGCCCCCAAACCUGGGACCAAGCCUGGAGAAGCAGGACACUGCUCUCUCCACUUUGUUUACAUUCCCAGCUGCGCCAGAGCAGCAAGACGCUGAACACUGUGAGAGGCAGCAAUAAAGCCUUGGCAUCAGGGGCUGGGCUCCCGUCUCUUUCCUUCCAGGGGUGGGGAGCAAGCAAAUAACAGUGGUAGGGGGCAG